UGCAAAAAUCAGCAACUCAUUUUACGUACAAUAUAAUUGCUCAUUUGUCUCCUUACCUUUUUUUCUUUUCGUCAUUGCAGCGUUACGUAUAGCAAAGUAUUGUUAUUAUUAAAUCACUGGUUGCACUUUCUUCACAGAUCGUCAGGCAUAUGGCGAUGAAGAAAGCUCAGUUCUUUCACUCUUUUUCACGAUGGUCUUCACCGACUUGAGACGCCAGCUGACGGCCUUCGUGGCCCGAGGUCCAUACAAAUAUACAUUACUUCCCGAAAAUACUUCUCGAAGUCAGAUGCGAAUGCGCGCGACAGGAUGGGUUAAUCAGCACAUUUUUAGUAUUAGGCUUGCCCUAUGCGCCUUGCUUUCGAUCGUGAUAAUUUCCUUCUCCAUGACAUUCAUGUAUGUCAAGUACGUCUUGGAAGUGUUUGUCAUAAAUAGCUCACUUUUGCUGACCACGAAUAUUUACUUACCUAGGCAAUCUAUCUCAUCACAACCUUGCAGAGGCUUUAUACAUGACCAUGACCGUCACUGUAAAAGCGAGGUUUCUCGCUUAUGGGGACAGUACUCAUCUGUAUUUUCUGUCCCUUCAGAAAUCUCUCCUGCCAUCCCAGAAGGGUGCGAUGUUACUUUUGCGCAAGUGCUUUCACGCCACGGUGCCCGUGACCCCACAGAGCAUAAGUCCUUGGCUUAUGGGGCGCUUGUUGAACGCAUCCACAACACCGUAGUGAAUUAUGGGAAGAAUCUUGAGUUCAUCAAGGACUACAAGUACACCCUCGGUGCUGACCAAUUGACCCUCUUUGGGGAACAGCAAAUGGCGGACUCUGGUGUCAAGUUCUAUGAGCGAUAUCAGCAUCUAGCCAGCACCAAUUCCCCCUUUGUGCGUGCUUCUGGCCAGGACCGUGUUGUCGAGUCUGCCCAGAACUGGACUCAAGGCUUUCACCUGGCGCGAUUGGCAGAUAAGCAUUCUCAUAUCCCGGAUACAUACCCCUAUGAUAUCCUUAUCAUUCCCGAGAGAGACGGGUUCAAUAACUCGCUUAGCCCUAACCUUUGUCCUGCCUUUGAAGACAGUCGACAUGAUAAUCAGAGCAAACAGGAUACUUGGACAGAGCAUUUCGUGCCGCCCCUGACGGAGAGGUUGAACGAGAACCUGCCUGGUGCUGACCUAACCGACGAAGAGGCCAUAUACAUCAUGGAUUUAUGUCCUUUCAAUACCGUUGCUGAUGACAAGGGAAAGCUGUCACAGUUCUGCUACCUAUUCACGGUUGAUGAGUGGCAUGACUAUGACUACUAUCAAUCUCUGGGCAAAUGGUAUGGCUUUGGAAAUGGGAAUCCCCUUGGUCCAACUCAAGGUGUCGGCUUUGUCAAUGAGCUGCUUGCAAGACUCACCGGUCAGCCUGUUGUCGAUCACACCACCACGAAUUCAACCCUGGAUGGAUCCAACACUACCUUUCCUCUUGACCGCGUCCUAUAUGCCGACUUCAGCCAUGACAACGAUAUGAUGGACAUAUACGGCGCUCUAGGCCUGUACAAUCUAACGGACCCACUGCCUGGGAGCCGAAGAGUUAGCCCAAGGGAAGCCAAAGGGUUCUCUGCUGCAUGGGCUGUCCCAUUUGCUGCGAGGCUAUACGUAGAGAAGAUGUCGUGCGGAGGGAGCAAAGAAGAGUUUGUGCGAAUUCUGGUUAAUGAUCGAGUGAUACCCCUGCAGAACUGCGAUGCCGACGAGUUAGGUCGCUGUACCUUGACCAAAUUCGUUGAGAGCCAAAGUUUCGCGAAGAACGGUGGGCACUGGGACCAGUGCUUUACAUGAUACCUCUAAUGUCGUUCACCUUCCUAAGAUCUGCCAUAAAUGGAAGUCUGCAUCCCACAUCUUUACUCUUUAUACAUCGUAGACAUGUUUUAGUUGCUUUGCUUUCAUCGCUUAAUUUGAUGUAUCCAAUCGUGAUUCGAGAUAGCAUCAGAUCAAUCAGAUCAGGGGGGCCGAUUUGAGUACCUAAUGAAAAACAAUGCGGGCUUCCAAACAAACAAUAUGUUCGAUAGUAUGGUUCUGCUUGUCCCCCCCUCUCCCCCCUUUCCCUCCUCUUCCCCCUGCCCAUAUCUAGAUAUGACAAGUCAAAAUCCUAAUAAUAGUUGCAAUCAAAUUUCAUGUCGUCAAACGCUUUGAUGGCCUGAUGGAGAUUUGUCACCGACCGUGAAUAUUACUGCUAUAAGGCAGAUUUUUUUUAUUGUGGCUUAUCGGCAACGAAUUUCUUCAAUGUUCCUAAUGAUUUAUCCUUUAUAUGUGUGACCCGUAUCCUGUAUGUAACCGAGUAACAUUAUAUGAGGUACAUACAUAGGCUGAUAACCUAUAGGUUAGGUAGGUAGGUAGUAUGCACG